AGCUCAGUCUAAAAACAGCAGUUAGAGCGAUUGACCAGUCAGCUGCUAGUCCUGCUACUAAAACUAAUUACAUUCGUUUGUUUUUGUUAUUUUGUUAUUUUGUUAUUUUGCUUAUUCGUGUUUGGAAUUCGAACUUUUGUCUUUUGUUCGCGUUUUGUGUUGCGCCAGCUUUUAUCGCUGCAGAAAAAAAAAAAAAUCACAGAAUUAAAUAAUUAAGUUAUUAUUAUAGGAAUACAAAAACAAAAUGACGCAACCGGUAAAGUUCUAUUUCGAUUUUUUAAAUCAGUCCAGCCGAUCCCUCUACAUACUUUUGGAGGCAUCAAAAAUUCCAUUCGAAGCAAUACCUAUUUCUAUGGUCAAAGGUGAGCACUUAACGGGCGAGUUUCGAGACAAGGUCAAUCGGUUUCGCAAGCUGCCCGCAAUCACUGAUCAGGGAUAUCAGCUGUCCGAGAGCGUGGCCAUCUUCCGUCAUCUAGCUCGCGAGAAGCUAGUGCCCGAGCACUGGUAUCCGCAUCGUUAUCUGGGUCGCAGCCGCAUCGAUGAGUUUCUUGCUUGGCAGCAGUCCAAUAUGGCGGUGGCCUGUACCGAUUAUUUUCAGCAAAAAUGGCUGGUGCCUUACCUGCAGAAAACACGACCUUCCGAUAGUGCGGUUAAUGUAGCUAGCAAGCAGCUGGAGCACACACUUAACGACUUUGAGGAGCUGUUCCUGAAUUCUCGAAAAUUCAUGUUGGGCGAUAACAUAUCCUAUGCGGAUUUGAGUGCAAUCUGUGAAAUUGACCAGCCCAAGUGCAUUGGCUUCAAUGCCUUUAAAAAUCGAAACAAGCUGGCGCGCUGGUAUGACAUGGUGCGCGAAGAGCUGGGACCCUAUUACAAAAAUGUCCACAAGGAGUUCGAGUCCAAGUUAAAACUGAACAAUGGACAGCAGCAGCUCGGCGAGGCGCACGCCCUAAAGCAAUGACGAAUUACCAGAUAGCCUUGUUUUAAUUAUAUAUGUAUAUACCCUGUACACAUUGAAAAUGGUAUUAUGGUUUUGCGCAAAUGUAUGUACCAGGCAGAAGGAGGCAUCUCCGUUCCCAUAAAAUAUUUAGUAUAUCCAUGUUUGUUUGUCUGCCCUUUUUGUCUGUAUCUAUGAAAACUAUGCCGCCAGUUUUCGGGCAUUCUGGAUUAAACUUUGCCUCGGUCCAUCGUUUUUAUCAGUCAGUGUCUGAGAAAAACGUUAUGUUUCGAGGUAACAUUUAAGCGUAGGAAAAUAGAGUUUUAGAUAGUAACAUAUCGUUCAUCUGCUUUAUGUGUGCAAGGGUAAAUAUUAUUCGGUCUCCGAAAAUAAUUGUUUAUUUUUUUUUUCUUUCGAUUACCUUAGUCAGAAGCUUAUUUAAUAAUAUGUACACUAAAGACGCGUUAGCCGUUAAUUAUUAUAUCUGUAAAUACUUAGAAAAUAAUGUUCAAAUAUCAUAUAAUAUUCCGAAAAAAUUAAACUAAGAUGGCCAAGUGUGUUUUCACACUUUUUUUACAAGUAAACUUCAUGACUAAAAUUCCAAGAUAUAUAGACACACUUUGAGAGUUGGGCUUUGGACUGAAGCUAUAGAGUAACUAAACCCAAAUAAUUAAAGGCUCUUUUAUACCUGUUUCGGCUUUUUAUUCCACUGUAAUUAGAGCAUUGUGCAGUCGGUUGCACCCAACUGUAAUGUAGUACUUGUUGCAAUUUACCACUUAAAUAAACUUGUUUUGUUUUUAUUUUUAUAGUUAUACUAAAAUACCUUAUAUAUUAUUGUACUAAUGAGCCGCAUCUAAUAAGAUAUAUGUACUCAAAUUUAAAUUCAAAAUAAAUUGCACUUUAAUCAAA